AUGAGACCCUUGUUCGUCUCCCGCUCCGCUCUCCGGAGCGCAACCAGAGUCUCCAGCUCGAGGCUAUUGCCGCUCUGCCAGGCCUCGCGCUUCUACAGCGCAAAGGCCGGCGAACUCGAUGCCUCCAAGCUCUCCAUCACCAAGACCACCAGCCCCAAGGCCCUGAGCAAGGCCGAGGACCUCGUUUUCGGCCGCGAGUUCACUGAUCAUAUGCUCGCCAUCGAGUGGACCAAAGAGGACGGAUGGAAGGAGCCCAAGAUCACCCCCUACCAAAAUCUGUCACUCGACCCCGCGACCUGCGUCUUCCACUAUGCAUUCGAGUGCUUCGAGGGAAUGAAGGCCUACAAGGAUAAGCAGGGCCAGGUGCGACUCUUCCGACCUGACAAGAACAUGGCCCGGUUGAACAAAUCAUCCGCCCGUAUUGCCCUGCCGACCUUUGACGACAAGAGCUUGAUCGAGCUCAUCUCCAAGUUCGCCCAGCUCGACUCGCGCUUCAUCCCCGACAAGCGUGGAUACUCCAUGUAUCUCCGUCCCACCAUGAUCGGAACCCAGAAGACCCUUGGCGUUGGCCCCCCUGGGUCUGCUCUUCUGUACGUUAUCGCGUCGCCCGUCGGCCCAUACUACCCCACUGGCUUCAAGGCCGUCUCACUUGAGGCUACCGACUACGCCGUCCGAGCCUGGCCCGGAGGUGUCGGUGACAAGAAGCUCGGCGCCAACUAUGCGCCUUGCAUCCUCCCUCAGCUGCAGGCUGCCAGCCGCGGCUUCCAGCAGAACCUGUGGCUAUUCGGCGAGGAGGAGUACGUCACCGAGGUGGGCACCAUGAACAUGUUCGUGGCCCUGAAGGACAAGGAGACUGGUCAGAAUGAGCUCGUCACCGCUCCCCUUGACGGCACCAUCCUAGAGGGUGUGACCCGCGACUCUGUGCUUGCUUUGGCCCGAGAGCGUCUUGCUCCUAAGGGCUGGAAGAUCUCGGAGCGAAAGUACACCAUGAAGGAGCUGUCAGAGGCUUCCAAGGAGGGCCGACUCAUCGAGGCAUUUGGUGCCGGCACCGCUGCCAUCGUCAGCCCUAUCCGCUCUAUCUCCUGGAAGGGUGACCUCGUUGACUGCGGCCUAGCCAAGGAUGAGGAGUCUGGUGAGGUUGCUCUCCAGAUGAAGGAGUGGAUGGAGGCUAUCCAGUACGGUGAUGAGGAGCACGAGUGGAGUUUCGUCGCAUCUUCCUAA